CCCGUGGUAGGGGCGGAAGUGGGUGAGGGUCGGAGGAGCGCUGUUGUUGCCGUUGCUGCCGAGGUGUUUAGGGGGCGUGUCCCGCUCGCGGCAGGCACAAUGGCUACAGUGACCCAGAAGCACUUCUUGGAAGGGCAGGCUUACUCUGUCCCUCUGAUCCAACCUGACUUGCGCAGGGAAGAGGCUAUUCAUCAGGUUGCAGAUGCACUUCAGUAUUUGCAGAAAGUGUCUAGUGAUAUCUUCAACAGAAUCUCCCAGCGGGUGGAGACCAGCCGGAUGCAGCUGCAGGCAAUCGGAGAGAGAGUCUCACUGGCUCAGGCUAAGAUUGAGAAGAUAAAGGGCAGCAAGAAGGCGAUUAAGGUGUUUUCCAGUGCCAAGUACCCUGCCCCAGAGCGGCUGCAGGAGUACAGUUCCAUUUUCGCUGGUGCAGAGGAUCCAGCCACACAGAAACGGCCGAGGCACAAGAUUCAGAGCAAACACAGACUGCUGGAUGAGAAAUCCCUGCAGGAGAAGCUCAAGUACUUCCCAGUGUGUGUGAGCACAAAAGUUCAUCAGGAGGAUGAUGCAGAAGAAGGUCUUGGCAGCCUCCCCAGGAACAUCAGCUCCCUUAGCUCCCUGCUGCUGUUCAACACCACCGAGAACCUGUACAAGAAGUAUGUCUUCCUGGAUCCUCUGGCGGGAGCGGUGACCAAGACCCAUGUGACUCUGGGAACAGAGACUGAGGAGAAGCUCUUUGAUGCACCCCUUUCUAUCACCAAAAGGGGGCAGCUGGAUCGGCAGGUAGCUGAAAAUUACUUUUACGUACCAGAUCUGGGUCAGGUGCCUGAGAUAGACGUGCCGUCCUACCUGCCAGACCUGCCUGGCAUCGCUGCUGAUCUCAUGUACAUUGCAGACCUGGGGCCUGGCAUUGCACCCUCGGCACCCAGCAGCGCUAUCCCAGAGCUACCCACCUUCAACACCGAGUCCGUGGAGAACUUCAGGCCAGGUCUUCAAGAUGGUGUGCUAGUGCCCCCGCCCCCACCUCCGCCUCCUCCACCCCCUGUGAUGCCAACUAGUGCUCCCCCACCCCCUCCUCUGCCCCAGCCUGCCUCCCUUUCCAAACAGCCAGCAAACGAGGAGAGCAGCAGUGCAAUGUCUGCAGCUCCAGUCCAAGGGGCUCCAAAGGAAGUUGUGAAUCCUUCAACUGGCCGGGCCACUCUUCUGGAGUCCAUCCGCCAGGCUGGUGGCAUUGGGAAGGCCAACCUCCGAAGCGUUAAGGAGAGAAAGCUGGAGAAGAAGAAGCAAAAGGAGCAAGAACAAGUGAUAACCACAGCACAGGGUGGAGACUUGAUGUCCGACCUCUUCAACAAGCUGCUCCUGAGGCGCAAAGGCAUUUCAGGCAAGGGGCCUGCAGCUGCAGGAAGUGCUGAUGCUCCCAGUGCACCUGCUGGUGCCUUUGCCCGCAUGUCGGACUCAAUCCCACCUCUGCCAGCCCCACAACAACCCCCGGGGGACGAGGAGGAAGAUGACUGGGAAUCAUAAAUGCUAUCAUGCCACAGGCCUGGGAUUGGUUUCCUCUUGGCUAACUGGGAAUCCAGCCCGGCUGAGCUAAGCACCUCAGAAAUAGACUAGCUCUUGGAAAUAACUGCUGGUGAGAGGGCACAGGCCUGGCAGAGGGACCCCGUCACUUUCUCUUAGCUCCUGCUCAUCUCUA